UUCAUCAGUAAAAUUGUAUAUCAUUAGUGAAUAUAGUAUAAUGCAAUCAUUUUAGAACAGUUGUAAAAUAGAUAUUGUAACAAAAUAUUUAUAUGGCAUAUAUGUUGAUUACAAGAAUAAUUAAUUGCGGUUAAGACCUCUUUGAAGAGUAAUAAUUCUUCAUGCAUGUAUCGAUAGGUUACUGUAAACAGUGUUUUGAUGCAUUAUUAAAAGAUGACAACUAAUUUAAGACAGAGAAAACUUGACAAUCUGUCACGUGAAGAAAUAAAAUCAAGUAAUGAUGAUGUAAAAAGAGAAACAGUGGCUGCACAAGGCUGGGGUGCCUUUGCCAUUGCCUUUGCAGUUGCUGUGAUUCUUGUGAUUGUUGUUCUGAUAUUAAUUCCAUCGCCAAUCGAACCCGUCGCUUUCAGUUUUCCAGAUCCACCUGAUCUGACUGGCCCUCUGGUACGUAAUGAAAAAUUGUCAAAGACGGAAAGACUUCAUGAGAAUGAAAUUAUUGGUCCCGAGUCAAUUGUCAUUGAUGGAGAGCAUAUAUAUACAGGUACCCUUGAUGGAAAGAUACUUGUUAUCUACAAAGGAACGGCAAGAGUUUUGGCAAAACUAGGUCAAGAUCCUUGUGGUGGUUUUGAGAAUGAGCCUACCUGUGGACGACCACUUGGAAUGCGCCUUGACAAUGACGGCUAUUUAGUUGUAGUGGAUGCUUACUUGGGUCUUUUUAAAGUCAACGUAGCUACAGGAGAUGUGCAUCAACUUUAUUCAUCUUCUGAACCAAUAAAUGGAAAAAUUCCCAAAUUCUUGAAUGACCUUGACAUUGCUAAGGACGGCACUAUUUAUGUCACUGACUCCAGCACAAAAUGGGACAGACGUCACAACAGAUAUGUUUUACUAGAAGCAGAAUCAUCGGGCAGAUUACUUUCUUAUAAUCCACAAACAAAGCAUAUGACACAACUUGUUGGUGGGCUGAUGUUUCCAAAUGGUGUACAGCUGUCAAUUAAAGAAGAUGUUCUGCUCAUCUCAGAAACAACCACAGCCAGGAUCAUGAGGUAUUAUUUACAAGGAGAGAAGAAAGGUGAACUUGACGUGUUUGUACACAACUUGCCUGGGUUUCCGGACAAUAUCCGCAGAUCAAGCCGUGGAACGUACUGGAUUGGUCUGGCAGGUGUCAGAUUUAAAGCACGGUUUAAUGGCGUGGAUUUUAUGGCAUCAAAACCAUUAUGGAGAGCCUUCUUUGCAAAGGUACUUCCACAAGAGAUGCUAAUGUUACUUCUUCCAAAGUAUGGCUUAAUUCUGGAGCUUGACAAAACUGGCAAGAUAAUUCAGAGUCUGCACGACCCCACAGGCCGGCAGAGUGAUGCAAGUGAGAUCGAAGAAAAGAACGGAGUCUUGUAUAUCGGAUCUUACCAUCUGUCACACCUGGGAAGACUGUACAUGAUGGCUGUAUAAAUUACUCAAGUUCACUUAUGUGUACACCAGGGCCCCGUUCCACAAAGCAGUCUUAGCCCUGGACAAGACUUAAAGUGAUAGACCCUAGUUUCUAAACACUACGGCAUAUUUUCCACGGCUUUUAUUUUGACAGUUGAAAUGAAACAUAACUUUGAUUUUGUUGUUUAGAUUAUUCAUUUUAAUACGUCUUAAGUGUUUCUGGUCAUGUUGGUGUUUCUAAUACCACAAAUUGUUUAGUUUUUUUGUUUUUUAAACGCACAUAUCUCAGAUGUACUGGUUAUGGAGAUGAGCUCUUGUAAAUGUUUAAAG